UGUUAACCCCUUCCAUGUCAAGGCUAAGCAGCCGUCGUUACUCUGUCGUGCAGCCCAUUUGUAUAGGAGCCCUGAACGUGGUCCUGAGUUCUGCUACUAGAGGAAGCUCUUCAGACACAGUGACGGAAUGGGCCCUUUUCUCUGUGCUGCCUGGUUUGACCUGAUAUAAGCUUUAAGGGUUAAGAACAUUGCAGAAGGAAGUUUUACCAGGUCUGGAGAGAGGGAGGAACAGACCAGUAUCUCCAGUAUCAUUUCAUGCCUGGUCUUUGACCACAGCACCGACUGGUAAGACUUGGUCAUCUUCUGCAUUCCACUCACCCCAGCCAUUGUUUGGCAGUGGGAACUGGCCCAGAUGGGACCACAGGAUGAGGCCAGAGUGAUUGUGGCAGCCAGGGUGAGACCUAUGAGUGAGCAAGAAGAUGCCAGAGGAGAGCAGGGAACCAUGUACUGUCCAGACCAGCGCCACCUACUGGUUUGCCAUGGAGGCCGUGAGAAGGCCUUCUCAUUUGACGUGGUCCUGGGGCCACAGAGCUCCCAGCAGGACGUGUUUGAGGAAUGUGGCAUAAAGAAGCUGAUUGACAUGGCCAUUGUGGGGUUCUCAUGUACGGUGUUUGCUUUCGGACAGACAGGCUCCGGGAAGACCUACACAAUCACAGGACCGCAUUCACGGUUCCUAGGAAGCUCACAGGAACCUCAAAUGUAUGGCUUGAUGCAGAGGUCGGUGUCUUAUCUUCUCGACCAAACCCAAUCGAUGGAUGGCGACGUCUCCUUGAGUGCCUCUUACCUGGAGAUCUAUAAUGAGCAGGUCUGGGAUCUCCUCACUCCCUGGUUGACGUCCUCCUUGUCUGUACGCGGAAACCAAACUCACGGCUUUUAUGUGGAGAACUUGUCCACCGUUGAGUUUGGCUCUCUGGAGGACUUUAUGAAACUCCUGGAGGCAGGCUUGAGGAGCAGACGCACAUCCUCGCAGGCCCAGAAUGAGCACUCCAGCCGCAGCCACUCCAUCCUGACAGUCUCCAUUGGAGCUAAAGCAGCUAAUGGGGAUGAAGGCACAGCCACCAUGGGGAAACUGUGCCUAGUGGAUCUAGCCGGAAGUGAACGGUUGAGGGGGCCCAGUUCCUCAGAAGAUCUCCUGGAAGAGGCUGCCAACAUCAACCGAAGUCUCUUGUCUUUGGGCAAGUGCAUAUCCGCACUAGUGGACCCUAAGAAGAAGAGCGGGCACAUUCCGUACCGCGACAGCAAGCUCACCAAGCUUCUCUCUGAUUCCCUGGGUGGAGCAGGCAUCACACUCAUGAUCGCCUGUGUGUCCCCCGCUACAGCCAACCUUCAGGAGACCCUGAAUACUUUGCGUUAUUCCAGCCGAGCCAAGAGAAUCAAGAACAGACCGAUAGCCAAACAAGUCCUACAUGAGAAGCUGGUGGUCGGCUUACAGGGAGAGAUCCGUUUGCUGCGCAGGGAGAACAUGCUGCUUCGACAACAUCUUUCCUCAGUGGAAGAAUCGGCCAGAAGAUCUUCUGUACCCGUUGCUGUCCGCUAUGGCAGUAGUGAUCCGCUAGGGAAGGUUGAAACUGACCAUCUGGCAGAGGGGUCCUCUUGCUCGAGUGCGUGUCUUAAAGACCUGCUGCAGGAGGUCAUGCAAGAAAACAGAAAACUGCAAGUGGAAAAGGGAGCAUUACUCAACCACAUCCAGUCCUCCAAGCAACAGGGGGCGCUCUUGUCACUUGAGAAAGCUCAGUUGCUGCACAAACUGGAUGAACUGCAAAGUGUCUGCUGCAUGUGCAGGGUGAUAUCGGGCACCGCACACGCCACCUGCUGCUGCUCGGGUCCAUCGCUGUGUGGGCAGGUUGCUCGCUGCAGCCUGCAGUGUCUCCAUCAUCAGCUGCCAAUGGCUGUCAUCAGCCCCCUGCACAGACGCCGUGCUUUGGUGGCACUGCCUCCUCUCCGGGCCCUGCAGGCUGUUGCCUGUGGGGAGAAAUAUCCAGCCCAAACUGAAAUCCAGAGUGAGCCUCCCAGUCAGAGCGCAGGACUUCAUGGACGGAGGAGCUCAGGGACAGAGAGCAGGGGCCACGUUCAGCAUUUCCCGGCUCUGAGGGACAGCAGGGCCCUCUGGGGUCAGCCUGUGGAGCCCCAGUCCUGCAGGUCUCCCAUCGAGGUGCUCCCGAGUGCCCCCCCCAUCUCGGCACUGAGCAAAGGAGCCACAACUCGCUGAAAAGUGCAGUGAUGUUUCAGUCAUAACAGCUUGCAGCCUAAAAGAUCAUCAUUUUGAAUGUCUCGGCCAUGCAGAAGAGCUCAUGAAAUAUUGCUUUUAAAAUGUAAUGUUCGUGUUUUUGCAUCGCGUUGAACUCACUUGGUCCCUGCAUAGAUCAACCAUAAAUGCAAAAUGACUCUGGCUAAAGAACCUCUGGCCUGUUAUCAUCCAGAGCAGCAGAUUCAGAUCUGAUUGACUGGAAAAAGAGCAGCAGCUUCCAUCACAUGACUAUGAGCGCAUGUUCACUAGCCACCACAGUAAAAUGCAGAUAAUACCUUUUUAUUCUCUGUAGUUCAUUUUCCAAAAUGAUUUCAUUCAUUUGUACAUUUAGCUAUGAAAUAUUAAAACAUUUGGUUACA